AAUAUAUGACAAUAAGUCGUCCCGCGCCGUCUCGUCGUCUCGUACCUACUACGUUCUCCAGUGACAUUUCGUUUGUUUUUCGAUUUUUGAUCUCUCUUUUGUUCGCGGCGAACACAACAAUUAUUAUUAUCGUCGCAUUGAGCCAAUAUGCCAAUAUUAUAAUAAGUAAUAACGCAUAAUACACGUAUAGUAUGAAAAAUAAUUAUAUUAUUAACCGUAUCCGAUGUGUAAAGUUAUAAUUUAUUAUAAUACGUGUUAUAUCCGGUGUUAAAUAUUAUAGUUUAGUAAUAUUCAGCCGCGUUUUUAUCGAACUGAUUUGUAUUUAGUUUUUUUUCACUUGUUCUCAUUACGCGUAAGCAUAUUAUUUACAUUAUACAUUGAAACAGUGUCCGCGCUUGUUAUUAAAAUUUUGUCGUUAUCGAUAGCGAAUAAGUGCGCCUCUUUAUACGCCCCACUGCGUAAUAAUAAUAUAUAUAUGCCAUCCGGACAUCGACGUCAUCGAUCAUAUUUUAUUAUUAUUUCACAGAUAAAACAAUAUAAUAUAUUUAUGAAAUAAUUGCAUUUUUUUUUAAAGUUUUAUGUAUCGGAUAUCAGAAUAUGUGUAUAUAGAAACAAUAGACGCAGUAAAAGGAACAGAAAUAUUAUGGCGUUACGCGAUAUUUACGAAUAAAAAAAAAAUAUUGGUUUAGUUUUUCGUUUUUAUUUAGUGCCACGUAAUAAAACUGGCUCGAGUUAUUAGUGCCGUUGAAUUUUGGCGGGCACCGGUUCGGAUUAUGAUAAUUUUCGGUUUGUAUUACAUCGUGAAAAGAGCGAUUUACUUGUCGUCGAAGAAAAUAUUCAACGGCGGCGAUCAUAAACGUAAAAAGUCAAAACGAAAAAACAAACAGAAAAUGAAAGAUUCUAUAUUAGGUUUAUCUUCUACCACAUAUUGCAGUGUUCUUCAAAAAUCUGCAAUGGUUGAGGUGUUUGCUGCCAAUCAAGGCGACUGCAAUUCCAAUAAUUUGGAAGUGCUAGAUGCCACCUUAAGUUCAUAUAGGAGUAAUGCAUCAUCUCAAGAUAAUGCAGAUUUCUUCCAAGAUUAUUCAGAUUACCAAUGGUUUGCCGAUUAUAGGUAUCGUGAUUCAGACAAUUUUAACCAUCACACAAGUAUUCUAUCAUCUAUAUCAGAAAAUUAUAAUAUUCCAUGUUAUGAAGAAGUUUCCAGAGAUUUGGAUGUUAACUUGGCUCAAGUAGACAUGGAACAUCUGAAAACUGAAGAUAUACACAAUAUACUCAGCACAUUGCCUUCUAUGUGUGGUCAAGAUUUACAAAAUGUAUCGACUGAAUCAUUUUGUAAAAAUAAACAGCUAUUCUCUCCUGUAAAAGAACAAUCACCGAAUCCAUUCAUAACAUUUAGCACUGAUUCAUUAGAUUGUAGUGACGAUAUGUUAAUCACAUGUAAGGCCAAUAAUAAACAUAACUAUACAAUUGCUUUUGAAGAACCAGCCAUGGGUGUUUCGGAAGAAUUUCAAAAUAGUGAAGCUAUGAGUACAGGAGAGAGUCGUAAUACUGGUUCAGGUGAAGCAUGGUCAAGUGAUGGAAGUGUUCCAGUCAGUGUUCCAAUGAUAUCUUCAGAUACUACUUUUACCACGUGGAAUAAGUUAAAAAAAUGUACCACUUCAGCAACCACCAAUUGCACUCAACAAGUUAAAGAGCAUACAAGUUUAUCAUCAAGUGUGAAUGAAAAGACACAAAGUUUACCUGACCUAAUGCCAUUAAGGCUAUUAUGGUUAAAGCAAAAGAAAAGUCAUUAUGACUAUCUAGUCAAAUCUACACAAUCUGAAGGAGGAAAUGAAGGUAGAGCUAAGCUGUACGAUGUAUCUGGUAUUAAAGAUCAAACAGAUAGUGCUAAAUUCAGCCUUGUCAAAAUGUUUAUUAGUCAAAAGAAAAAUCGUCAGUCAGACGGUAGCUUAGUAAUUAGCGAUAAUGAUGCUACUGCUGAGGUAACUGAACCCAGUAAAAAUGAUUUGGAAGAUAGUCUAAUGUGUGAGAAUGAAAAAACUGAAAGCAACAGACGUGUAAGUAACAAUAAUGGGUCCAACAAUUCAUCUAUUAUACCUAGCAAGCAUUUGUGGAAGGGUUCUAGUUUAAAUAAGAGUAUGCAAACUUCAUCAUUAGAUGGAAUAAGCAGCCCAAAACCAGAAAUCAAGUGUAAGAAUAGUCCUGUUUAUGUGAUGUUUCCUAGUUAUACAUUACCAGAUCUCUCAUUUCUGCAGAAUCCUAAAGCUGCAUUGGAUAUAAACAAUGUAUUUCUUGUACCUCAAAAAUUUUCACCCAUGCCAUCUCCUGAAGUUGAAAGCAAAAAACUUAACACUACACCUGUACAUGAACCAUCAUCAGCAGAAAAUUCAUUUGAUUUAAAAUCAAUCUGUGCUAAAGGAUUUGACCAUGUUAGUGAUUGGGAUUCACUGGCUUUGCUAUUACCACGGAAUGUGUCUAUAGCUUUAUCCAAGACUCCUGAGCUUAAGGAUCGUUUCAAACACAUUGAUUUUGAUAUUAAAGAACCAUCAUUUUGCCAAAUUGCAUUUAAACCAGUUGAUAAAAAAGAUAACAUGUUCGUUUAUCAAUAUGAUGAUAUGAGUCAACAUCAAAAACCACCAGUAGGUCGAGUUAACUCAAAGAUUCCCAUUAAAAAUGAACAGAAAAGAUCUAUACAUGAAGUGCCAAAAAGAUUUAGUAUGUAUGACAUGAAGUCAGAAACAUUUCAAGAACAGCAAAACAAGAGGCGUUCUCUUCCAUCACAGUUGACCAUAAUUCCUAAUAUCACUCCUAUUGUUGGUUCUGAUGUUGGUACUUCUGAAGAUGAAGGAGUUGAAUGUUCAGGCAGUAACUGCGACAGUCCUAAUCCAUGUGUUGAUGAAGCUAAACGAUUAGACUCAUUGUUAAGACAAAAUAAACAAUCUCGUGUUAAUUUAAAAGCACAAGUCAAUAAAUAUUUAAACCGUGCCAGUGGUCAUCACACUCCGCCUAAUUCACCUAAUCAAAUAACUAUUCAGGCAAAGAAAGGAACUGAUAACAUAGAUAGAUUUGAAGGAUGUGAAAUAAAUAAAUUGACAGAUUCUAUAACACACAAAAAAGACCUAGUAAAAAAUUGUUGUUUUGGUGCUGAGAAAAUAACAUUUUGUCUGGACAAUGACUAUACUGAAGAUUUGCAUACAAUUGUCCUGGAUGUUCUUUGUCCAGCUCUAUAUGCAUUGUUCAGUGAAAAUCUUAAAUCAGUUUUAGAAACAUCUUUUGGUUCUGUUAAUAACUCAGUUUGGCAAGUGAUAGAAGCUUCAUCUCAACAAGGUGUUCUUUCUUCAGCGCUCAAUGAACUGACGGCAAAGGUCAACAAUGAACUGGCACUCAACGAGGGUGUAAUGAAGUUCAAUGCAUUUAUUUUCGGCCUGUUAAAUGUUGGAGGCUUGGACGCUUGGUUGAGUUAUAUGAGAACUCGCGAAUCUGUAUGGCAAAAAUACUAUAAUCGGAACGCGCUAUUUGUCCGCGCCAAUUUUGGGUGCACCUUACACAGGGAUCUCGUGGAUCGUUUGAUUGCUUCGGCUAGACCUUUGGCCAAGUACAGACCCGCUUUCGAUCCACUGUACGAAUGUCGAAAACUCCACGAAAGCUUAUCCAACAUAAACAACCGGACGUCGUGGUUACUGAAAAAAACCGCGCGGACGUUGGAAAACGAAACUUCCAGGCCUAGGUCGUACGUCGAUUCAGCCGCUAAAACAACGGUAGACGUCGCGGGUACGGCUAGCAAACGUUGGAGUGGCGUGCACAUGGGUUCUAAGCUGGCAACGGCCUUCGAACGGCUGGACAAUAUUGACGAGAGGAUCCAACCGGAAACGACCGAGCCUUGCCACAGUAGCAGUGACGGCAUCAAGGAGACGCCCGUGAAAGGACAGCGGUUCAGACGGCUUCAGAUGAAAUGGGAGCUGCUUAGCACCAAGGACCUGACGUUAGACACCCCUGAUUUUGAUGGACCUCGGGGCGAGUCGACGAGCGCUAGGAGAGCCGCUGUCAAGUCACGCAUACCACGGCCAGUUUUAUCGCCGGUCCAACAACCGGGUCCCGAUGCAUUCGGCAACAGUAAGCGUCCGAUGACGGCCACUUACAGAGCCGAUUCCCCGACAUCACCGUCUGGCAAUACCAACAAUAAAAUCGAACACACUUCCAACAGAAUUAGAAAACCGCCGCCAGCGUCCGCUUCGAAAGCUACACGACCCAGCAGCUUAUCGCAAAGGACGACGACGACGACGACCUGUAGGGGGGAGCCCGUUCGUUACGUGCGGACCCUUUCACACCGGCUGUCAGCCGACAACGGACAUCUGUCUUUCAACGAAGGAGAGAAAUUGCAGCUCGUCCUGGACGUGGACGACAAAUGGAUACUUUGUUGUCGCGGCGCGCGCAAAGGUCUCGUGCCCAGGUCAUCCGUACUGAUGGUUUCUAAGUGAGACUCACCGGUGGUUGUCGUGUAUAGUGGCCGCCCGGCACAUUCCGCAAUGAUAUUAUUAAUAUUAUUAUAAUAAUCGACUUUGAUUAUAUUUGCGCGUUUAAUUUAUCGUCUAUUAAUAUGUUUCUCUUUCGUUUUUAAUGGUCUCAUUUUCCUUGUAUUUUGUGUUUAUUCCGUGUAUAGAGUACUACUACGAUAAUAUUAUGUACAUUUUUUUUGUUUUUGUUUAAUAUGUUUUGCAAACUAUUACAUUAAUAUUGACCGACGGUUCGUGAUGAUGGGAUAGUGUUAUGAAUGUUAUGAUGUUGCGUGCACAUCAUAAUAAUAUAGGCGUCCAAGCGCAAUCGUCGAUUUGCUGCUUUGUUUGUUUUUCUUCGUUGAUUAUUUUUUUGUUUUGUUUUUUUAUUCUUAACAAUUUACACUAGUCUUUUUUCUUUUUACGAAAUGAAAUUCGCACUUUACAAAAAAUAAAACUAUUAUCUGCAGUCGCACUUAUGGGGGGACGUGUCGUUAGGUGCUUUUUAUGAUAUGUUGUGUUGUGUUGUUCUUGUGCACUGUGAAAAAUUAAUUUUUAUGUUCUUAUAAAUCACGUAAAUAUUUGUUAUUCAAACACAUAGCCCUUCUUGUAAUUUUAACUAAAUUUCUUAUACAUACCUAAUAAGUAAUAGGUAUGUAUAUAAUAAUAUAUAUUCUAGUUACAAGAGUCGAUGCCUUAUUUAUAAUGCUUAUUUACGAGAAAACUACUUUUUGUAAUAAAAAAAAGUAAAAGUAUUACUAUUACAUUAAUACUUAGAUUAUAGAGCAUAUCUUUUAUUUUUUACAACAUUUUUCUACUAUCGUUUUGUUUUUUUUUUUAAUUUUAAUUGACGUUGAGACCUUGUUUGUUCGGCUCUUGCGCAACAGAUUUGAACAAAAAAGGUCUCGACAUGUGUGUCGAAUGACCCGUGUCCUAUAUACUGGACGUCGUGUGUCUUACUAUCCACUGUGCUCUUGUAUACCCCAAGCCUAAUGUUUGAAAAUAAUUAUUCCUUCGUUUAAACAAAAAAAAUAGCUUUGAUUAAUAUUAUGUUGCUUUAUAUAAGUAUAAGGUUUAUGAUAUCAUAUUAUGUUGUAAAUUAUCAUUUUUUUUGUUUCUAUCAUAUUUCAGUUUAUAGACUUUAAUCAUAGGUCCUUUAAGAUUUUAUUUUUGUUAUUUUUUGUUUAAUUAAACAAAUAAGACUGCUUUUAAA